GCCGAAUCGCCGUUGUUGCCCACCAGCAACAAAGACAAUACCAAACCAACAGAAGCGAAUAAUAAUAACAGCAACAACAAUAAUAAUAACACCGUACCUAACCACAUAUCAGCGAAAGCACACCAGCACAACUACACAGCCCUCGAUACCACCGCAAACUCACCGACCCACCAAUGUUCCACAGCCACACUCAGUCACAAUCCCAAUCACAACCACAGCGUUUACAGCUCAACUAACAUUAUAGCCGCCUCGAGAGAGCAACUUUCAGCUAACAAGCUUUAUCUGGACGCACUUGCGCCAUCAGCUUCGCCCACCUCAUCGGGACCGAGUAUUUACGGCACACCGGCCAGUGAAUGUCGUCGUCGCAGUUCGGUAGCAUCUUUACAGUUAUUUGAUAGUAAUACGGUGACUAUAACCACCACCACAUCGACAACAAUUGAUGGCAGCUGUCAUACUGAAGAGAGCAUAAUCGAUUUGGAGAACAACGCGAAUAAUACGGACAGCGAUAACUAUAGCGAAUCGAACGAUAACAGUUAUUCCACACCCACCACAGCGACACUGUAUAGCAAUUAUCACUACAACCAAACGCCCACACAUACACAUCAAUAUAAUUUAUAUCCAAAAGACUUCUUCUCCAGCAUCGAAGGCGAACGACCGGAACAUUGCCCGAAAAUGAAGACGAAAGUCGAUGCUGUUGGACGCAUAACCGGAGAAUGGGGACGCUGGCAAUUACGUACUGUAUUACUGAUCUUCUUGUGUAAGAUACCAUCCUCGUGGUUUAUGGCUUGUAUAAUAUUCACAGCGCCCGCACCGCGACAUGGUGAAUUCUUUUGUAAACCGCCAAAUACGGUGGGCGCACAAAACGACACACUGUGGAUAAAGGUCUCACAUCCGCAAAAGGAGGAGGUGGAAGAUCAAGAAUUUAGUAUAGAUUUUUGUAAUAUAUACCAGGAUGCACAAGAGCAUGCGCAUCACUAUUACCGUUAUGAACGACCCGAACUGGAACCGCGCGUAUGGGAGGAACCGACUUCGCGAAAUAUGAACAUUAUCCCAUGCCAGCAGUUCGAGCAUAGGGCCGAGUACCAUUCGGUAGUGACCCAAUACGAUUUGGUAUGCUCGCGUGACAUCCUGGUGUCAGUAACACAAUUCUUCCAUUUGUUUGGCGUUCUCACCGGCGGCAUAUUGGCGAAUCAUCUGCUCAAAUACUUCAGUCCACGUAAUGUGAUGCUCUUCGGCAUGAUUACGCAGAUAUUCUGUGGCAAUCUCACGGGACUAGUUGCCUCAUACGAAUUACACGUUUUCUUCCGCUGCUUGUCUGCAGUAUGCUGUGCGCAAAUGUACACGGCUGGCGGUAUAAUAAUGGCCGAUAUAACGGGUGGCGUUUAUAAGACUUGCGUUUCGACACUCUUCGAACAAUUCUGGUCAAUAGGUGUUAUACUACUGCCCGGAGUGGCGAGUUUCUUCUCCAGCUGGUCGCAUCUCUAUAUGGCCAUCUCAUGGCCCACUGUGAUACUCAUAUACUUGUGGCGUUGGAUUCCCGAUUCACCGCGCUGGAUGAUACAGCGUGGUCGUGUGACAGACGCUAAAAAUAUUCUCCUGCAAUGUGUGGAGAUGAACGGCACUCGUUAUGGGCUUCCGCACGAUAUCGAUCAGCAGCUGCAAUUGCAGGCGCAAACCGCUAUGGACUCACCGCCACCACCGGGCUGGUGGUCAAUAUGGAAGGGUGAAAAUGUCGUACGCAAUUUGAUCUGUGUACACUUGGCGUGGUCCCUUUACAUUGUCGUGUACUACGGCAUGUUGCUGAACAUUCGUUCGUUCAGUCGCGAGCAUCUCGAAGUAAACACAGCUGUGGCGGGCUUGAGUGAGAUAGUCGGCACUUUCAUUGGGCUCUUCCUGAUAUUGAAGACUACGCGCAAGUGGUUGUGGACCGGUCUGUUCAAUGUAGUAGCCGGACUGAUUGCGUAUCUCGGUUGGCUGGUACCAACAGACUUACCGUUCGAUGCACGUGUUGCGCUGCUCAUGCUCUCGGCUAUGAUCUCGAAAAUGGCCAUCUCCACCACACUCUCCAUACUCACCACCUGCACCGUUGAGUUAGUAAGUGAGGAGAAGCGCAAGAUCACCGCAUUCUCGGCGAUAUGUUGGGCACGUUUCUGGCUACUGGGUGCGCCAUUUAUCGGCGCUACUGUGAUCUUUGGUAUGAUGGUGCCGCAAACAGCAUUCGCAUCACUCGCAAUUGUUGGUGGUGUUUUAACCGCUCUCAUUACAAGUCCACGUACAAUAAGUAAGGAAGCGCUUGGCGGCAGCAAUCGAGCGACCGCUACACAGGUGGAUGGCGUCGAUAAUAAAGGCUUCACAACGGGACCGACACUCAACAAUCCAAUAUUUACAAAUAUUACGAAACUGGCAGCACCCAACUCUAAUUUACCACCGCCAAUGGUGCCCGGUGUUUGGACGACGAAACAUCACGAAGACAGUCCACCCGUUUAACACACAAUCUACAAUACCAAUAAAUGGCCAUUAAUCGGCGAUGUAAUUUCGUAAAUUAUGUCGCUUAUGAAAGUUGUUAUGCUGUGUACGGGAUUGUAACGCACAACGCUUCGUCGCAUAAUUUCACAUGGUCGACAGAGGUUCGCUUCACAUACAAUUAGACUAUAUAAGUAGUAAAUAUAACAAAUUUUAUUUCGAACAAAUUUUUUUUAACCAUUGCAUAGGUAGAAAAUCGAACACACUCGUUUAUGAGACCACGAUUGCGUCGUAUGUUAUAAUUCUGUUCACACAUUUUUUCGUUGUUAAAUAGUUUCCUUAAAAAGUCAUAAUUAUUAAACACAGUUAUAGUUCAAGAGGAAUGAGAUAAAGCUAUAAGCAAAAAUAUUUAUAUAAUAUAAAAAUAUUAUAUAUAUAAUGUAAGUAGUGAACAGAUAUAUAUGUAAUAUAUAUUAGGGUGGUACUUAAACAGAGAGGGAAAGUCUUUAAAGGUCACAUAGAUACCAUUAUAAUCUAAGUCAAAUAUAUAAUUUUUUUUGAUUGGAGAUUGUUAGGGUGUGUCUCAAGCAGGGUUGCGAAUUUUGUAACUAAAAAAAUUUAUUAAUAAUUAGAAUUUCUAUUUUUGAUUCCAAUGUUGGGAUUAAAAGUUUUAACAUCUGAGCUAAAAAUAGAGAUAAUAUUUUUUAGGAAAAUAAAUUUUUUUAAUU